UGUACUCGUAUUUGUCUAUUGUUGUGUAAGAAAGAAAGAUAGCAGUGAAGCGCAAUACCAUUUCCCGCUUCGAACAUAACUCUCUUCGAGUAACAUCUCAUCUCCUACAAAAACCCUCUCCACUCCAUUAUUCUAUCCCCCACCAACACCACAAAUCGUUAGGGUUUCGUUUUUCUCUCUGAAAGAUGGUUACUUCUAAUUCUCUUUCCCUCUCUACUCACACUCUCCUUUUCCAUAGCAGACAUCGUCUUCACCCUACAAGGAACCGUUCCUCUCGUUACUCGUUUCCCUCCAAUGCUCUCCCAAAUAUUGAUGUAGCCAAAGUACUGCAAAGAAGAUCAAGAAGAAUAGAAGGUCCUAAAAAAAACAUGGAAGAUUCUGUUCAACGCAGGAUGGAGCAAUUUUACGAAGGAUCAGAUGGGCCACCUCUUCGCGUUCUUCCUAUUGGUGGAUUGGGUGAAAUUGGAAUGAAUUGCAUGCUUGUAGGGAACCAUGAUCGAUGUAUCCUCAUUGACGCUGGAGUCAUGUUCCCAGACUAUGAUGAGCUUGGGGUCCAAAAGAUUAUACCUGACACAACGUUUAUUAAAAAAUGGAGCCACAAAAUUGAAGCAGUUAUUAUAACACACGGUCAUGAAGAUCAUAUUGGUGCAUUGCCUUGGGUCAUCCCAGUGUUGGAUUCUCAAACACCAAUUUUUGCAUCGUCGUUUACAAUGGAGCUUAUAAGAAAACGUUUGAAGGAUCAUGGUAUUUUUGUUCCAUCCCGACUAAAAGUAUUUAGAACAAGGAAGAAGUUUGUAGCUGGGCCAUUUGAGAUAGAGCCUAUCAGAGUGAGCCAUUCUAUUCCGGAUUGCUGUGGAUUAGUUCUUCGCUGUUCUGAUGGUACUAUUCUUCAUACUGGGGAUUGGAAGAUCGAUGAAACACCAUUAGAUGGUAAAGUUUUUGACCGUGAAGCUCUAGAGGAACUCUCCAAAGAAGGAGUCACAUUGAUGAUGAGCGAUUCAACAAAUGUACAAUCACCUGGAAGGACAAUGAGCGAGUCUGUCGUAGCUGAUGCAUUAUUGAGGCAUAUUUCAGCUGCCAAAGGAAGGGUUAUAACAACCCAGUUUUCUUCAAAUAUUAAUCGUCUUGGAAGUGUUAAAGCCGCUGCUGAUUUGACUGGCCGAAAGUUGGUGUUUGCCGGCAUGUCUUUAAGGACAUAUUUGGAUGCAGCUUGGAAGGAUGGAAAGUCUCCAAUUGAUCCAUCCACUUUGGUGAAACUAGAGGAUAUUGAUGUUUAUGCGCCUAAGGAUUUGCUGAUCGUGACUACGGGUUCUCAAGCAGAACCGCGUGCUUCCUUAAAUCUUGCAUCAUAUGGAAAUAGUCAUGCUUUAAAACUGACAAAGGAAGACAGUCUGUUGUAUUCUGCUAAGAUUAUCCCCGGUAACGAGUCUCGUGUUAUGGAAAUGCUAAACCGAAUAUCAGAGAUUGGAUCAACAAUAGUCAUGGGGAAUAAAGAAUGUCUACACACAUCUGGUCAUGCGUAUCGUGGUGAAUUGGAGGAAGUGCUCAGAAUUGUGAAGCCACAACAUUUUCUCCCCAUACACGGAGAACUCUUGUUCUUGAAGGAGCAUGAGUUACUUGGAAAAUCAACUGGCAUUCAGCACACUGCUGUUAUUAAGAAUGGAGAGAUGCUUGGUGUUUCACAUUUGAGAAACAGGAAAGUCCUUUCUAAUGGAUUUAUUGCUCUUGGAAAAGAGAAUUUGCAGUUGAAGUAUAGUGAUGGUGACAAAGCAUUUGGUUCAUCAAGUGAACUCUUCAUUGAUGAAAGAUUGAGAAUUGCAUUAGACGGCAUCAUUGUGGUUAGCAUGGAGGUAUGCCGCCCUCACAGUUUAGACAGUUCAGUUGAAAACACCUUAAAAGGAAAAAUAAGAAUUACCACAAGAUGCCUAUGGCUUGACAAAGGGAAGCUGUUAGACGCACUCCAUAAAGCUGCUCAUGCUGCUCUUUCAAGCUGCCCUGUAAACUGCCCAUUGUCUCACAUGGAAAAAACUGUGUCUGAGAUGUUAAGGAAAAUGGUGAGGAAGUAUAGUGGAAAGCGGCCAGACGUUAUUGCAGUUGCUAUAGAAAAUCCUGUAGCUGUUCUUGCCACUGAGAUAAACACAAGGUUGUCUGGAAAAUCCUAUGUGGGUGCGAUAUCGACUUUCAGAAGCGCGGUGCAUCGACACGAGAGAGAAAACCAAUCUACCAAAAUGCAAAUGAGAGAUGAUGAUAAUGAUGUUGAAAGUCUUCUACUUAAGGAAGAUGCUACUACCUCAAAUAGAGCUGCAAGUAAUUUCUCUGAAAUAGAGGAUGGUCCUGAAGAUGCUGAAACCAAAUCAGUGAAGAGAAACAAAUGGAAAGAGGAGGAAGUUAAGAAGUUGAUCGGUGUGCGCAGGGAAUUUGAAGACAUAUUUCAAUUAGUGAGGGGAAAUAAUGUCUUCUGGGAAGAAAUAUCCAAGAAUUUGUUGGCUUAUGGUAUCAACAAAAAUCCUGGGCAGUGUAGAUCUAUGUGGACAUCUCUGUUACAGAAAUAUGAGGAGAUUAAAAAUGAGAACAGAGAGGAAAGAUGGCUUUAUCUGGAAGACAUGGAAAGGGUUUUGUCCGUUAUCGAGGCACCAGCAAAAAUAUGACUGGGAGUGUGAUGAAUAAGACCAGCUAAAUUUGCAAAACUUUCUGCAUCAAUAAAUUUGAGCAUGGUCGGAGGUGGGAAGAUAAUCCGUCAGUUGCAUGAUUAUUGCAUCAUGGAUCUGUAAGAUUGAAAGUCCCUAGUUUUGUGAGAAGAUAGGUAGAAUUAAAAGGGAUUGCCAUUCACACUAACAAUAGUUAAUGAAGGAUGAGUAUGCCGUUUUGGAGAUGAUUAUUCCCCCUUACUCAAAUGGCCGCCCUCAACCAAAUGACGUUGACAUAAUUUUUUUUUACUGGUAAAAUUGAUAUACUAAUUUUGAAGGAGACCAAAAUAAAUUUAUUCUAUUAAUUGUCGUAAUUAGUUUCAUUAUGUUUAUAGUGGCAUGUGUUUAGGCGCAAGUCAUAAACCAACUGUUGAAAUCUAAAUUUUGAUCACAUACACCAGAAAAUCAAUGUGAAGGUCUAGAUGUUUAUACUUUUCGUGUAUUUGGAUGUGAAUCUAUCAUGUUGAUGUUACACCCCAAUGCUAAUUCCAUUGUGAUUUUUUUGUAGUUAUAUGUUGGAAAAUUGGAUGGAAUCAUGUCUUUCUAGCGCACCGCGCAAAAAUACCAAAAUGUUCCCAUAUUUUGGAGAUGUAUCUCCAGACGCACUAAACGUUUGCUGAAACACCAAUUAUUCUGGAAAUGCAUAUCUGAAGUAAUGUCGGAUGGCGAUUUUUGGGAUUUUGCAUAGCAGAAGGCAGAAAAACAUAAUUGAAAAACACCAACUUGACAAAAUCAAAAUAUCAUUGAUAUUAUAAUAUCAGCAAUACAUAAGGGGUUUUAAGAUAGAUCAAACAUCUUGAUAGUAUCAUCGACUGAUCUUGAAACAUUUGCAUCCAACUCGAUUGAAACUUUUGAUUCUAAACGGAAAAAGGUUUUCCACAUAGCCUGUAAAUCAGUGGUUGUCUUCAGCUAAUGGUUGCUGACUCAAGCUUCCAUUCUUUGUCAAAGGAUGGCGAGCGGUACUCGAUCUUCACAAUUUUGCGAUUAUACCAUAUGGGAGUGGAUCCUGCAUUGUAUAUCGCAGAUCUUUAGGAGAGGUGUACUCGGUGAUCUUAAAUUCUCUUGAUGGUGUAUUAUCGGUAAAGUGAAUAUUUUCAACAUGCCAAAUGAUGUUCAUUCUAUUUUUGGUGUUUUUGUAUGCAACAAUAUGCCAAGUGAGAUUAUAUAUAGUAGUUGGAGGCUAACAUGGACCUCAC